AUGGGCUUCUCACAUGAAGAAAGAAAGAUGUACAUCAACGAGAAUCUUGCCCCAGCUAAGAAGUCACUUCUGAAGAGGGUGAACGAUGAGGGGAAGACAGCUGGAUACAAAUUCCUAUGGACUCAACAUGGUGCGAUGUGCACUAGUGUCACCAAACCCUGUAUCGAUUCCGCCGAGCUGUCGGCGCGGACAAGAGAGACUAAACACAAGGUCCCAGGGGGCUCUAACCUUCCUGUCACUGCAAGAAGAACUUUGCUGAGAUCCAUCAACAAGACGUUAGUCAAACGAGUGCAUGAGGUUAGUGACCAGAUCCACCUGAGAGGUGAGCUUGAGCAUAUCAAACGUGUUUUGAAAUGUAACAACUACCCCUCACAUAAGAUCUGCACUGAGCUUCCCCCCACGUGGAACCCUCGUGUAGGACAACCCAAGGCGAGAGUCGUUCUUCCAUAUCUGGGAGCAGCCUCUCACAAAAUUCAGAGGAUUUUGAGAGAAGCCGACAUUGAGGUUCGUCAUAGUUCCUCAAAUAAGCUUCAAUCUGCCCUCACUACCCAUAAGGACAAGCGCAACUCCAAGGACCUCCCUGGAGUUUACCGAAUUCCUUGUGAAUGCGGUAAAGUUUACAUCGGUGAGACGGGUCGUUCCUUCAACACUCGGAUUAAGGAACACAAGGCCCAUGGUAGGAGAGACGAGAGGGAAAAAUCUGCAAUCAUCGAUCAUGCCCAUACGCAUGAUCACCGGAUUCUCUGGGAUGAGAGUAGACUGGUCACCCGUGUCCCCUACUGGUAUCAGCGGAGAGCCAGAGAAGCGUUGGAGAUUGAGGAACAUAACACUGUUCCUCAAGACAGCGGCCUCCAACUCAGCAAUAUCUGGCUUACCGUUCUAGACAAAGAGGCUAAUUUGCCUAAUUAG